AUGCACACGGAAAAUGCACACGUACACCAUGACGGCCACCGCUGCAAACACCAGGAGCUGAAGCCGCAGGCCGUCGAGAUGCUCAUCGAUUUGCUGAUCGAGAACUGGGAAGUCUAUCGGCAGGUGCCGCCACCCGGCCAGCGCAGCUACAAGAAGCGGAUGUGGGCCGAGUGGGCGCAGCAGAUCUCGGAUUUUGGCGUGCCGAGGGAUCCGUUACAGAUCAAGCAAAAGAUCCACGGCGAGCUGCGGAUGGUGCGCGAGCAGCUGAUGAAGGAGCAAAAGUGGCGCGCGCAGGGCCUCGUGUUCGCCCCGUACACCAGCCCGCGCAUCCAUCGCCAGAAGCUCUACGACUUUUUCGUCACGAGAAACAUUGAAGAGUUGAAGCCGCCGGAGCGAGAUGAGAACCAGCUCGACGUCGCCGCCGAUAGUGUACCCUCGCCAUCUCCCGGUUCUAUGAACUACUUUGAGGACGUUAAAAAUGUGCCGUCGAUUAAUGAUUUCUUGAUGAAUGAAUAUGUCGACAGUCCAAGUCCCGCGGAGCCGCAACUUUUCGGCACCAAUGGCAAGAAGCGCAAGGCCCACGAUUUUGACGAGUCCUCGAUUGAUAACUAUCAGACCAAUGCCACGCAAGGGGCCCUCGACGACCUGCGGCGCAUGGUGUUAGAGGAAAAGCUGCGCGUACAGCGUCUGAAGGCCCGGAAGCUCGAGUUGGAGAUGGAGAACGCCACCAAGCAGGGCUUCCUCAUCGACCGACAGCUCGACGCGCAACGCGGCAUCAACCGA